AAACAAAUGACGUCAGCCUCAUUAUCAAAGACUUACAUAAAUACCUAUUUUGCUCUUUUAUUUACUCCUAGACUAAAAAUUUAACUACUUUUUUUAGAUUUUCUCAUUAAUCACAUGCUAUUGAUGUUUUGCAUUCUCAAGCCAAUAUUGCCAGUAAAUUAUACUGGUGUGCAGAAAACUAUUUAUGAUUUACCCUAACAAUCAAAUAAUUAGAUGUAAGCGUUUUCAGUAGUUUUGAAUAGUUACUUCAACGUUCCUCAUCCUCUAUUUUGCGCUUUGUUUAAUAUCCUAGUCAGUUUUCACUCGGCCAUACACUUUUGGUUAUUUUGGUUUGUUCUGUAUGAGAUGUGGGCCUUAUUUUCUAAAAACGCUACUGACUGCAAAAUUAUACAAGAUGAGGAAUCCUCAGAAAAAAUUUGCAGCUCUUUGCAGGAUACGAGAAAAUCUACCACAAUAAACAAAACUGAGGAGUUGAGUGAUGGUGUGGCCAGUUUUUUGGGAAGCCCAAUCAUUGAUCAGUCAUUAGUUGAUCUUGCAUUGAAAAUUCCGAAAUGUUUAUCUGUUUCCCGGGUUCUUGUUUUAUACACCGGUGGUACUAUUGGAAUGAAAUGUGUAAAUGGUUCUUAUUGUUCUGUGGAAAACUUUUUUCUUUCCACCCUAUACAAGAUGCCUACAUUUUGUGAUUCGGAAUUUCAGGUUCAUAUAAACCAAUUUAACAUUGAACAUCUACAUCACAGACUAUCAAAAACUAACGUUUCACCUCAUACACGUAAUACUCAUUCAAAAUUUUCAAAACGUGAAUCCAGUUUAACUGAAUCAGACCAUAUACAAACUUAUGCUUUACCUAUUGAUAAAACUGGGCAUCGUAUUUUAUAUACAAUUGUAGAACAUUGGCCAUUAUUAGAUUCAUCUGAUUUGAGUAUGAAUGAAUGGAAGCGUAUAGCACAAGAUAUUUACGCAUUUUAUAAUGAAUUCGAUGGAUUUGUUGUAUUACAUGGGACGGAUACACUUGCUUAUACAGCAUCAGCUUUAUCAUUUAUGUUAGAGAAUUUAGAUAAACCAGUUGUUUUAACUGGAGCACAAUUACCGGUAUUCGAAUUUCGUAGUGAUGGAUGGAAUAAUUUUCUUGGUGCAUUAAUGAUCGCUGGUGGAAAUUAUGCAAUUUGUGAAGUCACAGUGUUAUUUCAUGAUAAAUUAUUUCGUGGCUCUAGAAUAGUAAAAUGUUCAAGUAAUAAUUUUGAUGCAUUUGUGUCACCAAAUUAUCCACCGAUUGCUGAAUUAGGAACUGAAAUAACCGUUAAUUAUGAUUUAAUUUUUCGAAAACCUGGAUUACCUAAACCAUUUUGUAUUCAUACAAAUUUAUGUCAAGAUGUUGCAAUACUAAAUAUAUUUCCAUUAAUAUCUAAAGAACAUAUUAUUUCAAUGUUAUCACCUCCUAUUAAAGGAGUUGUUCUUCGGACAUAUGGAGCUGGUAAUAUUCCAUCUUCCCGUCAGGACCUACUGGAUGCACUAAAAGAAGCUUCUGAUCGUGGUAUACUUAUGGUGAAUGUCACACAAUGUUGGCGUGGUGGCGUUAAAGCGGUUUAUUCAACUGGGAUGGUUCUCAAUGAAUAUGGUGUAACUCCAGGAUAUGAUAUGACAACUGAAGCAGCACUUAUCAAAUUGGCCUAUAUAUUGAGUAAAACAGAAAAUAAAGAUUAUUCCUGUAAACGUGCAAUGUUAUUAAAUAGUUUGAGAGGUGAAGUGACAGUUGAAGGAGAAGACUCUAGAGCAGCUAAUUUAUCACUAUAUAACCUAAAUUGUUUAAAUCAAGAUAGAAAUCUUAUGAUAUAUUUCGCCAAAUUAUUCUCAACAGCUUCGUUAGAUGAUUCUGAAGGUAUUGGUUCAAUGUGGGUUCAGCGUAUAGUACCGACACUUGCGUGUUGUGCAGCUGCAUCAAAUAAUUUGUCAUGUUUAAAAGAAAUGUAUCAUAUAAUUGGACAUUUACAGUUAUUUGACACUGAAGGAUGCACACCACUGCAUAAAUCAGCUUUAUAUGGUCAUAUUUCAGCGACAAAAUAUUUAUUAGAAUGUGGUGUAUCAGUUCAUAUUGCAGAUAAAAGUGGAUAUACCCCACUUCUUUGUGCUUUAAAUAGUCUAAUACUAUCUUCUGAAUUAGUACAGUUACUAUUAGAUGUUGGUGCUGUAUUAAAUUCUGAGAGUCAACUUGUCACUAAACUGGUUCAUCAAGCAGUUUCAGAUGGUGAUAUUCAAAGGUUACGCUUAUAUCAAUUAUGUGGAUAUUCAUUUUAUAAUAUGGAUGAAGAAGGUCGCUCAGCAUUACAUGUAGCUGUUACACAUCGGCAAUUGAAUUCCAUUAAAUUUCUCAUCUCACCAAUAUGUAAUGAGGAAAAACCCCACGAUAAAAAGAUCAAUGUAGAAGAAACAGAACUGGAAUACGGUGCUGGUGUUGAUCCAAAAUGUCGAACAAUAUGGGGUACAAGUGCAUUAGAUGAAGCGAAACUCCGACAUUUCGAUGAUAUUGUUCUACUUCUGGAGAAGUAACAAUGAUCAGUUCAAAUUGUACAUUAAAGGCUAUGGAAAUUAAAGGCAAUAGAUGAUGGUUUUUAAACGUAGUUGAAAUUUCAUUUGAAUAUUCGUUCCAUAACUGGUUUUCUUUCUUACUGAAUACUUUAAUUUACUAUUGUUGUGUUUGUUAGUUGAGUUGCUUCAUUUAUUGUUACAUUCCAUUCAAAUACUUGUUUCAUUUCUUUAGAACUGCACAUUAUCAUUAUUGUUCAGUUACUUUAUUUUCUUUUGUCAACUUUGAUAUUUCGACUGUUAUUAUGUAUUAAAUAGAAUCUCGAUUUACCUUUUGGCCAUUCAGUUUUGUUGAAGAUGUUAUUUCUAUAUUUCUUCCUUUACUACUAUAAUUCAAUUGUAAACAGAUUGAUUUACUUAAGUCAAUAGAUUUAUUAUUAUCAUUAUUAUUAUUAUUAUUAUUAUUAUACAAUAUUCUAAUUAAAUUGAACAUUUACUUAACCAAGGAAUUGGUACUAAUGAAAAUAGAGAUUACAGUAUAUAUAGGAAUCGUUUAUUUUAUGUAAGGUGAGGAUCUAGAAAAAAAAGAAGAUUUGAUUAACUAAUUAAUGACAUUGGAAACAAGAAUGCAUUUAAGUGAAAUUUACAAGAUCAAAGAAAAUUAAGGACGCUAAAAAAGCUUCAUAAUGAUAUAUCCCAUAAAAAUCAAGGAGUUUUCUUAAAACGAUUGAUUUUCCUCUCGACAGAAUACUUAAAAAAAUACAUAUUAUUACAUCUGCUAAGAUGAAAAAAAUAUAAAUAAAGAAUCUAAUUAACUGAAUAAGAUUUUAUUACAUGAAUAGACUAACAGAAUAAUCGUGAAUUAUAACUAUACAUUCUAUUUAUUGUACUAAAAAAGUUCUCGAAUCAUACUGUGCUUCAUUCCAUUCUAUUACUAUUAAUACUGUUCGUAUCUCUGCUACGCUGAGAUUUACCUUGACGGUUUCAUUUCGCUGUGCUAAUGGGAUCUAGUAACAUGGAGCGGUGGACACAUAUGCCAGAUUGUAAGUCGUCAAUGAUUGACCGUUAUCACUCAUUUUACCUAUUUAACUAUUGAUAUGUGCUUGUAAAUAAAUAUCAUUUAACUUUGUUACUACUUACUUAUUAUUUCAAAUAUUUGUUAACAGAAUCUUUUAUAAACCCGCAUAGAAUUAUCUUACUGAACUUCAGAUUUUAAUCGCUGAAAAAUUCCCAUUAUAUGAAAACACAAUUGUAUGAACGAAGAAUAUUCUUUUCAAUAAUUUCUCAUUAGGUUCUACAAUUAUAAAUCCAGAUUAAUAAUCCAUAAAAUUGACCAGAUUUAAGGCAAAAUACAUCAUUUGGAAAUUGUAAUAUGUGAAUCAGGAAUUGUUUGUUAUAUAAAUAAAAUCGUUAAUGUUGGGGCUGACUAAUAUGAAGUGUUAACUUGAAUCAGUUUAUAAGCGAAAUAAAAUUGUGAGAUAAAUUAUCAGAAUAAAUAUGGUCAACAUGGGGUAAGAGAGAGAGAGAGAAUAUUGUGAUUACAAGGCGCUUAAGAUGCAUUUACAUUUUAUAAUAAAGAAAUCGAUAGUAAUGAGUAAUAACUAAAGUGUGAAAUGACAAUAGUUUGACAAUCGGAACUGGAAGUUGACAGAGUGAGAUUUGAGAUAGUUUGCAGUGUUUCUGGAAAUAAAGAUAUUGUUUUUUUAAUUGAACAGCAUUUUUAUUUUAUGUACUAAGAUUAUAAUUGCUUAAUGGCUGUACACAAUAAUGUUUUAUAAUAUUUGUUUCGAAUUUUAUCACGUAAAUAAUGUUUUACUAAUCUCCAGUGUAUUUAGUUAUAAUAUGACUGACAUUAUUAUUAAAGCAUAAAGUGGUAACUAGACAAACGUUUAUCUGAAUGCAUUCAAGGUUAUCACAUGCCUAAGAUUUGGAUUUGUAUAAAUAUAUCACACAUUUGACCUUUGAAAUCAAUUGGUUAGUUAAGUGGACUGACUCCCUUUGGUCUAUAAUAGAGACUAUUUGUUCAAUAAAAUAAAACAUUCUAAUAAAUUUAUCACACAAUACAUUCAUAUUAUUGUCGAGUAAUAAUAUACCCAUUUAUAAGCAUUAUCCAUUGGCGGGUAAAUAAAUAAUUUUGUGCUUUAUUCUACGAUGAACACAUUAACAAAACAGUACGUUAUCGGAAUAGCGGGGGCAUCGAAUUCUGGAAAAACAACGAUGACUGGAAAACUUACUGAAUAUCUACAAUCUAUUGGCUACAAUGUUACAUGUUUACAAAUGGAUGAUUAUUACUGGCCUCAUAACGAUAAACGUCAUAUACGAGACCCUAUUACAAAUGAACCAAAUUUCGACUGUGAAUCAGCAAUUAACUGGGAAGGCAUAAUUACUUUUAUUAAAUUAUGGUCUGAAGCAAAGGUGUUGGAAGAAAAAAUCAGAAUACUUUUAAUUGAAGGAAUACUGAUAAUGAAUAAAAUAGAACUUCGGAAUAUGAUGGAUUUGCGAAUAUUUCUGAAGAUAACUUAUGAAAAUAUGUUGCAGAGACGAAAGCUAAGGAAAUAUAAUACACCGGACCCACCAAAUUAUUUUGCUAAAUAUGUUUGGCCAACAUAUCUUAGAACGCUAGACAUGUUGGAGUAUUCAAAAGACUCUAUAUAUUAUUUUGAUAGCAAUAAUGGGGUUGAGACCCUAUUUAAAGAGAUUUGUCAAUGUAUCAAUGAAAAAAUAGAUCUAGCGAACGGAAAAGACAAACAUUUCGAUGAAUUCCCAGAAUAAAUUUUUACACAAGUUUAUGAUAAAUGAUAGUUUAACUACAGUAA